AUUUCUUAUUAUAAUAUGGGUCGUAUAAGGAUGGAAUGGUCUAAUGUGUGGGCGAUAUUGGGAGAACAUUUUAAUCAAGUUGGGUGUCAUCCAAACAUAAAUAUUGGUUUCUUUGCCAUAGAUUCUCUUCGUCAAUUGGCAAUGCAAUUUUUGGCCAAGGAAGAAUUACCACAUUUCAAGUUCCAGAAGGACUUUCUGCGACCGUUUGAAUAUAUCUUGAUUAACAAUUCGAAUAUUUCUAUCAAGGAUAUGCAAAUGAUUCAAGCAAAAUCGCACAACAUCAAAUCCGGUUGGAAAUCCCUAUUUGGCGUUUUUUCGGCUGCUGCGAGGGAGGACAAUGAGUCGAUUGUUGUGAUGGCAUUCGAUCUCGUCAGAUCGUUAAUCAAAGAUCAAUUUGACGACGUGGUGUCCAACAGUAAUUAUCCAGAUCUUAUGGUUUGUCUCACCGAAUUCAGUAAAAACAAACGUUUUCAGAAAACGAGCCUUCAAGCGAUUGAACUCAUAUGCGCUUCAAUUCCAAAGAUGUUGGAUUAUCCUCAAUACAGGAUUCAUGAACCCGUCAAUGGUUCGAAUGGUGUCGAGGGCGUAGCUUCCAAUAAUAAGGUGAUCACCAACGAUGAUCCGUCUUUCAAAUUUUGGUAUCCGUUAUUAUUUGGAUUCCAUGAUGUUAUAAUGAACGGAGAAGACUUGGAGGUUCGAACGAGGGCGUUGAACUCGAUGUUUGACACGCUCAAAAAAUUCGGUUUCACAUACUCGCUGGAAUUUUGGGGUGCAAUAUGUCGACAGAUUCUCUUUCCCAUUUUUGGCAUUCUGAGAUCUCGAUCAGAUAUUUCAAAGUUUUCCAGUCACGAGGAUAUGAGCGUGUGGUUAUCAACAACAAUGAUUCAAGCCCUUCGUAAUAUGAUCGACCUCUUUACCCAUUACUUUGAUACACUCGAGGUCAUGAUCGAUGGAAUAUUGGAUCUACUAGGUUGCUGCAUAAUUCAAGAGAAUGAUACAUUGGCUCGUAUCGGGUGCUCUUGCUUACAACAAUUGAUUGUGGACAAUGUAAAGAAACUUGAUUACGACCACUGGGGAAAGAUCAGUUCAAAGUUAGUCCAAUUAUUUGAGUCGACCACCCCUUAUAACUUACUUGAUGAAGAACGCCGUUUCAUCGAAGCUGCUAAUGGGCUGAAUGGAAUGUACAGCGGUCAAAAUGGGAGUAGUGUAAACGGAUUCGUUUCCGAGGUUGAUCUAAACACGCGUUCAAUGAUCGAAGAUAGUUACAUUGAUUCGGAACAUUCGACGACGGCAACAAUACAGCCCAAUGAGCAACGAGCUCAAGAAUUUAAUCAGAUCAUCAUCAAAUGUUUGUUACAGCUACUUCUCAUCGAUGUUGUUAACGAGCUAUUGAACAACGAAUCGGUAUAUGAAUCGAUUCCUUCGGUACAUUUGUUGAUAACCGGCGAAUGUUUGGAGAAAUCAUAUCUUUUUGCGCGAAAAUUCAACGAAGACAAAAGCUUGAGGAUCGCGCUAUGGAAAAUAGGAUUUAUGAAACAAUUACCGAAUUUGCUUAAGCAAGAGUCGAGCAGCGCGUCUUGCUAUUUAAGUUUAUUGGUUAGAAUGUAUCAAGAUGAUUCCGCGGAACGCAAAGAAAAGAGGGACAUGAUUGAACAGAAAUUGCUACCGCUUUCCUUGCAAAUAUGCAAACACUAUAACUCGUUGGAUCAUGAAUCACAAUCGCGAAACAUCAAUGCCUGGACGCCUGUAGUAAUUUCUGUUUUGAAUGCAUAUGUCAAUUUCAACAAUGACGAUCUUUUACGGUUUUUACCAGACUUUUAUCCCGAAGCGAUCGAUCUAUUGUCACACGACAUACCCACAGCCGGUUUGCGACUGGCAUUACGGGAUUUAUUUAUGCGCGUUGCGUUAUUACACAAUUUAAUUCCGGCAUCAAAUAGAGAUAGAGAUACGUCGGAUACACAAAGUUAUAAUUCCUUAGAUUAUUGA